GCAAACGCAACAGGGUAAGGGCGCGUGGGAGUUCACGAUUCGCAGUGAAAAUAAAAUGAAUUAGAUUUAGCCAUCACGCGACACGUGUAAAAUUAAUGAUAAAUUUAAUGUCUGGAAAGAUACAUAUCCCAGAAUUUUCAUUUCCAUUUCCAUAACCCUAGUCCACUGCGUCUUCCCCCUUUUGCAUCUGCUCCUUCCUCUUUCGAUCUCAAGAGAGAAAGGGAGGAGAGAAUGUCAAGUGGCAGAAAUACACAUUGGUGUUACAGAUGCAGGCGGCCAGUUCGUCUUCGAGGGCAUGAUUCAGGGUGCCCCUAUUGUAGUGGAGAAUUUGUUCAAGAACUUGAUGAUAUGGUACGUAUCAGCCCUUAUGAUUUCUUCGGAGUAGAUGGUGAUGAAGAUCGUGACCAGAGGUUUGGGCUUGUGGAAGCUUUGUCAGCCUUCAUGAGACAUCGGUUGGCUGACAGAAGUUUUAACCAUGAUAUCAGGGGAAGAUCUGAUUCGGUCUCUGAGUUAAGCCAACCCUUUGGACCAUUGUUGAUUUUUGGUGGCCAAAUUCCUUUUAGGUUGUCUGGGAAUGGUGGGUUUGAAGCCCUUUUUAAUGGGGCUCCUGGAAUUGGCUUUGCACGGGGUAAUGCUGGAGACUAUUAUAUAGGUCCUGGACUAGAAGAAUUGUUUGAACAGCUUUCAGCUAAUGACCGCAGGGGCCCUCCCCCAGCAUCUCGAUCUUCUAUUGAUGCAAUGCCUACAAUCAAAAUUGCACAGAGGCAUCUUCGUUCUGAUUCACACUGUCCCGUGUGCAAGGAUAAAUUUGAACUUGGUUCUGAAGCAAGACAAAUGCCAUGCGACCAUAUGUAUCACUCAGAUUGCAUUGUCCCAUGGUUAGUGCAGCAUAAUUCCUGCCCUGUUUGUCGUCAAGAGCUGCCACCACAAGGGUCUAGUAGCAGCCAGGGUCGUCAAAGCUCUAGCAGUCGAAGGAGGAGCAGCACUCUUGGUUCUAAUUCCAGUGGAAGGGAUAAUGGCAGGGAGGGUCAACCAAGACGCCCAUGGUCCUAUUUGUGGCCGUUUCGUUCAUCUAAUUCUAGCUCAAACCACAAUGGAGCAGCUGGAAGCAGCUCACCACCACCAGUGCAUGAGAACAACCACCAAACGGGUUACACUGGGUGGCCUUUUGACUAAGUGUGUAUUUUUCUGCUGUUGUAACCAGAAUAUAAUACCCAAUUUUAUCUCCAGCAAGUUACAAGGACCAGAAGUGGUUUGUGUCAUUCUAGUUUUAAAACGGUCAGUUUGAGAGAGAUUGGGGGUCUACUUAAUGCUGCAUCUUUUAUGUAAAUGACUUUUACCGUCAUUCGUGAAAUACUUUGUGAAUUUUCGAUUGUGUUGUCUAGAAUUCUAUAUCUGAUGCGUCUGUUAAUAAUGUACGUGGUUGCUUUGCUCGUCAUGCUGUGUUGGAACUUAAAAUAAAAAUGCUGGAAUUGUAUUUUUAAUGUUAAGGUCAUUAUUGGAAGCUUCUGAAUCAUGAGAGAUCGUUGCCCAGAAAAUAGCAAUCAUGAUAGAUUAUUGUUCUUUACAUAUAUAUGUAGGAAGUUAGUUGCUUGAUAUUGUGAGGGUAUAUACUUUUAAUUUUGCUUUGAACAGUCUAGGUGUCUUUGGUAUAGUUUUUGUAUGUUUUGGAGAUUAAUUGUUUUUCGAGUAAUUGUGCACACAACAUUUUCCUAUCCUAACAAUCUUAAAAAGAUAUUCUCAUAUCUUUUGGUUGUUUUACUAAAACUAAACUUUAAAU